AUGAACAAGACUAAGGAAGUAAUUCGUGACUUCGUCGGCAAAUCUGGCCACCAUGAUACUACCGUACACGAAUCGGUUGAGCCAGCUGUUAAGAAGGAAACGAUUAAGCCGAGAGAACAUGAGGAGGUUAAUACCGCUGUGAAUAAGGAAAUCCACCAAGAUCAUUAUCACCGUACUGUACAGCCAGUUCACGAUAAAGAGAUUCUCCCCGAGCAGCAUCAGCACAAAGUCGGGGCGGUCCAACAUCGAGACUACGACCACAGGGACCACGAUACCACAAAGAGGGCAUUGGCCGCCGAGAAUGCAAAGUUCAGAGACGAACAAGUCGUCCAAGAUACCAAACAUACUCAAAGUCAUGCCCCUACAGUCCAGGGCGAGCAUGUUCACCACCAUGUCCACGAAACAGUACAGCCUGUGCUUCACAAGGAAACAAUUCAGCCCAGUGUAGUCCAUACCACGGUGCCAAUUCACGAGACUCACCACAAUCCUGCUCAGCACCACUCUACAACCUCUUUACCCCCAGUCAGCGCAGAAGAAUACCGACAGCGCGGAGGCGCGUUAGCUGGGGAAAAGGAACGCUUUGACGCGUUCGAAGGUGAGCCGAGGACUAUUCGAGGGACCCUCGAUACUAUGCAUGAGAAGGGUCACGGCAUGAAUAACCCCCCGGAGGGUGUUUUUCAUGGAGAUUUCAACCCCCUGGAUGGAGGUCGAGACCACCAGGUAUUUGGCAAGUCGACUGGCCGGGCUUCUACCACAAGCACAGGCGCAGGUGUAAACCAAGGCAUGUCUAACCAAUCUUCUGCUCAGAGGGAAUAUCGCGAUACCACUAGGGGAGCAUCGGAUAAUCUGGAGACAGAACGCUACUCCAACGCUUCCAAGACCACAGGAGCCACGGGUGCUGCGGGAACUACAAAGGAACACCCGAGCCUUCUAGACAAGUUGAAUCCUAUGACAGAUUCAAAUGGAGACGGAAAGGCUGGAUUUAUGAAAUGA